AUGUCUCUGCAAUGGUAUGAUGUCCUCCUCUUCAACAAUAGCACCACCUCUAUCCUCUGUGAUAUCACUGGCAGCCCACACCAAUGGAUCUGGCAGUCACUUAGACAUCACAUCUUCGACAUUGUCCAUGGUUUGGCACACCCUUCAGGAUUAUCUACAGCCACCCUCCUGAAGAAGCGCUUUAUCUGGCAUGACAUAAUUUAUCAAAAGAUGCAAAGAAUCCAGCAUCACACAAAUUCAGGUUUAGGACCCCUCCUGCGCUCCAAAAUGCAUCGCUACCACUCACAAUGCUUUACGAGAUGGCCCGAAGCCGCCCCUAUGAAGGAUGCAUCAGUAGCAGCGUGUGCCAGUGCUUUCCUCUCACCAUGGGUUUCCCAAUUCGGCAUACACAACCACAUCACCUUUGACAAAGGCACUACUUUCAUGUUGAAGCUCUGGACAUCCUUAACCUGCUUCCUUGGCAACCAGUUGCAUCACACAACCGCCUCCCAUUCUGAGUCUAAUGGCAUGUUCAAAAGGUUCCAUAGCCCUUGA